GCACCCCCCCAGGGGCCUGUUUUGCUUGCGCUCGCUUCUCGUCAUCACCACCCUGACCCUUGGUGUGGGCUCCCCUUCUUUUCCCCUUCCCAUCCGCUUUUUUUUUUCGAUCUUCUACCCACCUUCUCCUCGCAUCCUCUUCCUCCUCUCCUUUCCCGACUCCAGUCUUCCCUCACCAUCUCGACCGACCCGAAUCCGACAAUUCGCAAAGUCUUUUCGGAGCCUUUACGACGACGACGGCCAAAUUCAGUUUUGUGUUGUCGGCCCUUUGGAUUUCGGUGGCGUACUGCAAUUUUUGACCUGGGCCAACCGCUUCAGCUCUGUUGAUUGCUGUGCAAGUCCGAGAGAGCUCGUGGAAUCUUUGGUUUGUUGCUGCGGACGUUACUUCAAACGACCGACCGCCCAGCCGACCGAUCGAGGAGGAGGCCUGCGCCCAUUUGCGACCAUCGACGACGCAUACGUUGCCGCCAGCGCGUCGUUUCUCGUUAAUUUUUUGUCGACUCUCGCCAAACACCUCGGUUGGCCAUCAUUCCCCCUCGACCAUCUCCCUCAUUAUCGACUCCGACGACUUUCCCGUGCUGUACGACCAAGCGACCGACAUAUCGAGAUCGGUUGUCUUGCCGCUGCGGCCUCGAUUUUAAUUUCAUCCUCUCGAUCGUCGAUCAUCUCUUCCUCGACAAACUCUUGCCGCCAUCACUUGAAGUAUCUCUAGUCAGCAUCGCUCUGGAGAACCUCAUCUAUGGCUUGCUUUUCUAGAUAAAUUUCGGUCUCUACCUCGUCUCCUUGACGGCUCGCCUGUCUCAUCGCCUCGGAACAACAAGCCGACAAGCUGUGGUUAAUCCCUUCUUGUUGUGCCGCAUUUUCAGUUGUUGCAGUUGUCGCAAGAUCGGCAGCUACUCCCAGAGACUCGGCCGGCCUGUCCCCGAGUUUCUUCACUGCCAAUCUGCCCAUCAUGCCUGGCGGUGUCUGCGCCGUGCUCGACUAUGAGGUCGAGCAGAUGGCUGAAUAUGUUGCCGAGAUGGCCACACGUCUUGCCCUUGGCAACGCCGCCGUCUCGGCUCCUUUCCGGAAAUUCGUCUCCCAGAUCCUCACGUCGACUCGCCUGCCGAGCACGACCAUUCUUCUGGGAAUGAACUACAUGGCCAAGCGUAUCAACAUGAUGAGCCUUGGCGGCCAGCGUCCCACCAUCUCUGAGGGACAAGUCUGGCGCAUGUUGACGACUGCCUUCCUCCUCGGAAGCAAGUUUCUCGACGACAACACCUUCCAGAACCGCUCUUGGUCCGAGGUCAGCGGCAUCGGCGUGCAGGAGCUCAACACUCUUGAGCACGAGUGGCUGGCUGCCAUCAACUGGAACCUCUACGUCAACCUCGAUCAGAGUAAGGACUACGGCGCCUGGCUCAAGAGCUGGAAGGAGUGGCAGACCACCAAGGAGAGGCAGAAGGCUCAGGCUUCUCGCGAGCGCCUGAUGCCAUCUGGUCUCCGGAUCGACACAGAUGUCUACACACGCCCCACCGCCGGCUAUUCCACGUGGCAUCAGCAGCAGGUUGCCGAGUAUGAGCGUCUUCAGAGCUUGAACCUGAAGCGGAGCGAGAUGUCGCCGCAGAGCGGCGCGCCUGUGCAAGACGGGUGGUACGCUGCUCGCAUGGGUGGCUGGUCCGCCAACCAAGCCCCGUGCAACAUGCCUCUCACCCCGCCCGAUUCUGGUUAUGGCACACCCGAGUAUCUCAACUCGGCCACUACCAAUUCGGCUGCCAGCCACAACGCUCAAUACAACGACUGGUUCUCUCGUGGUCUUUCGUCGGGGACAUACUCGCGACAGGCUCCGUACCAGCAGUCCUCUGCCCGCCCCACCUACCAUCACAGCUCCCGGCACCCUGUCUCAGCGCACACCGGAUACUACGGCUACGGCCACAACAUCUGGGACGCCAAUGCUGCUGACUGCGCAUGUGCCAACUGCGUGGGAUCUGCCCAGCAUAAGCCGACAACCUAUUUCGGCAUGACACACGGCUACGGCCAGACAGUCAUGGGCUGAGACUUGCUCAUGUCCGAGUGGAGGUCACAUCGAAUUUUCACUUUCUGCAUCUUUGCUUGACCACGGAGUUUUCACUCAACACACUCCGCGAAGAACGAUACACACAUUUCACACAUCUGCAUUACCUGAUACCCCCAGGGUCCCUCCUCACUGGUUUCCCAGGCGACCAUCGCCCUUCGUCCAAACCGACGAGAUGGGUGGAGGGAUCCUUUAAUCUCAGCAUCACCGGUUCUUUCCUUGCCUGCGGUCCAUAUUAUGGCCUUUCAUUCUGCUUGCGACUCGCCAACAUCGUCUUCACGCCACAUCGACGGCUUUCGUGCCUCUGGGGUCUUUGCGACACUUUCGCAGCAGCUCCCCACCACGCAGGAGCUUUCGAGCGGAUCAGGCUGACGCGGCAACUGCUGUUUUGGCUUUCGUCUAAUGAUCUUGUCCUCUUUCUCAUACUCCCCUUUUCUUUUUUGCCCUCGGUAUACGGGCUGGUGAUAUAUCCCAUUGCUCGGCGUUUCUGGAUCUAAUACCUGCUAUUCAGCUGGGGGAUUUUUUUUUUCGCGCCACCUAGAUUGCGGAGGUUUACCAUUUGAUUACUUGCACGGUUUCCUGGCGGUCAAGACAAAAGAUUUGGGACGAUUCGUUUUUUCUUUCUUUCUUUUCCUUCUCCGGACACGUCAACGCCGCCCUACGCCCUCCUCCACGAACUCUCUUUCUACUUGCGACGGUUUUCUACUCGACCAAAAGCAACUUCACCAUCCCCGCCCAACAAGCCAGCUCUGUCAGGCACAUUUGCCUUGCAUUUAUUCCAUCCGUGGACUCGCGACGCGUUAUACCCCAACUCAACGUCUCGGAGCACACCUUCUCGGUUCGCGUCCUCUGCCACGUCGACCCACCCACGCACGCAACCAGAAAGUACGUUAUAUGCCCAGAAGGUCAAGCUCUCGUUCUGAGCGACUGGCCACGCUGGCUGGGUUCGAGGCCUCGCAUGUGGCCUUCGUAUGCUCAAUCCCUCAUUCUGCCAUGUGUUUGGCGAACGAAAACCAACGUGUCAUUGUUUGAUUCUUCUUCGUUUAUUCCCCUCUUCCCGCAUUCGAUAAAAUGGUCAAAACAGGGGCGGUUUCCUUUGGAGUUAUUGUCUAUACUUUUACUUUGUCGGCUGGGGUGUCUGUCCGUAUACUCUUUUUUCUGCUCGUUUUCAGGGUCGGGUUUCCUUUUGACGCAUUUUGGCGUCUUUUUACGCUUUCUUCUCGGUUUUCUGGUCGGGAUAGUUCCGGCCACCCGAGCUCAACACGUCGGCACUCGGCGACAAGAACGAUCCUGCCCAAGCUCAUCGUCUGUGUUUCCCCGUGUUGUUGUGGUAUUUUCAAUCCUGCAUCGUGGUUAAGGUGAGAGUGGUGAUGUCACACGGGCCUCUCUAUCACCUGCCACUCUUUCCGCUUGCCAACUUGCGUCUGACAAAGCUUUUUUCCCCCUGGUUGACUUGACUUGGUCAUGCUGCCUCGCAACUGACCUUGUCAUCUCGCUCGUCUCCUUUGUCGUUCAUACCCUCACCUUUUCCGUUUUUUUUUCUUUUUCGAUUCCACGAGUUUACGAACAUUUGGCCGGAUGGGAUUGGAGGGAGGUGUAUUCUGAUUAACCCGGAGGGAUGCCGUGGCUAUUGUACGAGUUUCCGCAUGAUCAGUACCUGCCUCGGACAUCAGGUGGCUGAGCGACUCCGGCAUGGCACAUUCUGUGCGGAGUUUCCCUCGUAGCCGCAUGAUGAUGGAAACAGGCGAGCAUCAAGAGCAAAGAGCCAAAAGAUGCGGCGCCAUGGAAGGAACGGACAUGGUCGAGGCCUCGGCUGCCUGUAGUAUUAUUUCUGCAUUGGACAAGAAAAGUCGGCCAGAAAGUACAGCAAAUACAAAACAUGAGAACGCA